UAUUGUGUGAGGUGGCAGUAAAGAUGACGUAGACAAGAAAUUUAUUGACGACCUCGUACGUUUGGCGGCAAAUGGGAAGUGACUUGAAUUAAGUUCCCGCGCUUUCCAACGAAACUGACAGUUUGAUCAACACCAUUUUAAUAUUUCUAGAUGAGAAGCAAUAUUUUCAACUGCAAUUGGACAAUUUGAAUUAAGGUACGUAAUCUAUUAGGGUAUAAAGUACGCACACAUUGUACGCUUGAAGGAAGCUCUGAAGUACAUUGAGGUAUCAUGGUUUGUAAUGGUACGUAUGCAAGUGAUGGCAUUUUGAGCAGAACUAGUUUAUGGGACAUGCGAGCAGCUAGCCCACGUAGGCCUCGCACAAUGCUUUGCAGAGUGAUUUGAUGUUUCAGAUAGUAAAACAGAUGUAUAUUUAGUCUCAUUCUAGCAAGCUUAAUUUCUACAUGAACACAAAAAAUUGAGAACAUGGUAAUUGAACUACAGCCGAUAAUCUUAUAUCCUUUGCGUUGAAUGAGUUCUGAAACUCAGAGUUUCCUCUGUGCGAGUUGUGCGGUGAACAUGUUGAGCUUGGCGUCAAUCCAAUCACGAUUUCGGCAUCAGUCUAUAUCAUCUGUGAGGACGAAGUUAUCUAUUUCAGGUACACAAGUCGCGAGCCAAGACUCUGUCUCAAGUUUGUCAUGCGGGUUGUGCUCGUCUGAAUUUAUGAGCGUGCGACCUCCUGAAACGCUUCAACCAGUUGUAUAUCGGUCCCCACAAUGUAUAAUAUAGUGAAAUCCCUCCUGUCUCAACAAGAGACCUUCGAGGGCAAACAAGGUAAAUCUUAUCGGAAGGUUGGAAUGGCCACGGAUUCGGCAUCGCUGAGAACAUGGCAGCCAUUUGUCGUGCUAAAGAUCUCCGAGCUAGGAGAUUACGCGCAAGAAUCAGUACAAACGGUAUCUUCGUAAACUAGGCGUUUCUAUCAUAGGUCUACUCAAAUGCCGAAAUUGCGAGUUUGUGCAUGUCUAAUCAGUCCUAUUACGUUCUUUGAAUUUUGAGCCACCCGCCAGAACUCGUGGAUCGUGCCCAAGAGAUAGGAAAUAUCA